UUUCUACAUCCGUUGACCGUUGGGCGCUAAAGCUUCUUGGUUGAAGCGUUCCACUUUCUCACGUUCAUUUAAAUAGAAGUGAUCCAUCUCUGCUAAAUAUUCUCUUGUAACUGUCGUAUUUCAACACUUGUUUUACGAUAGUUGGCAGUCCAGGUGUUUCGACAAGCGGGCUCACUUUGCGGCAGGUCGCUUGACCGUCUGAAGUUCAGAAGUCCCCAUAGCAACAACACAUGAGCCUGACAUUCAGCAGUCAGAAAUGAUUAAAGUUAUGGUAACAGGUGAUCAAAGCACAGGAUCAUAGCAGAGGAAACAUGGCUAGUACCAUGGUGGCUGUGGGUAUUACCCUGGCAGCAGCAGGAUUUGCAGGUCGCUAUGCAAUGCAAGCCAUGAAGCAUAUGGAGCCGCAAGUGAAACAAGCUCUGGAAGCUUCCAAAUCGGCCUUUGGUAGUGGAUACUAUAGAGGUGGUUUUGAACCAAAGAUGACCAGAAGAGAAGCUUCCCUUAUUCUUGGAGUCAGUCCUACCGCUAACAAAAACAAGAUCAGAGAAGCACACAGAAAACUGAUGAUUUUAAACCAUCCUGAUCGAGGUGGAUCACCAUAUCUGGCAACAAAAAUAAACGAGGCUAAAGAUUUACUUGAUGCACAGCUGAAGAAAUAAAUCAUCUCUUCAUGAAAUGUUUGAACGAGCCCUGUCUGAUACACUUGAAUUCUUGCAUGGUCAUUAAAAAAAAUGUUCUCGUCUUGAUC